GUCCGGAGUUCAGUCAGUGAGAGGAAGCGCUGUAUGUGCUUAGGGCUGUUUUACGUGCGCAAAAUACUAAGUGCCGAUUGCGUCUAAACUGAAGGAAAUCGCCGCUCUCGUGACAGCUGCGGAGAGUUGGGGCAGAACGCGGCGUUGUUGCUGGCCACAUCCUCAGCAGCUGUGUGUGUCUUUCCCCGUGUGAGUGUCAGUGUGUGUGGACUUGGACAGGGGACAGCGGACAAGGACAAAAUGCCGCUCCGCGAGCGCUGCUCGGGACAAUGAUCGCGUUUUAAAAUGUGCGCUCUGGAUCUACCUUCCUCCACAUCUGGAUUUCGCCCCGUCUCCCGUCAGAGUGUGUCUCCGAACAGUUUUCCUUUCUGAACAACGGUGACUCACUGCAGGCAGGAGGCGAGCCGCUGCAUCCUAAUCAGACAGCGGAGAGGACUUCAGCUCAUUGACAUUACAGUCAUACUUUUCUGGAGCACUUUUUUUUAUUUCCACUGCGCUGCACUGUAGCCUGCGUGUGCAUCGGCGGCUUGUGGCUUUUCCCCCUGCGCGGAGAAGGGGAAGGAGGAUACGGGUGAUACCCACGGAGCGGUUAGUGGAUGAAACUCCGCCUGAACCCCGCUGGAAGUGACUGUUUUCAUUUGUACUCUUAGGCUGUUUUUAUGCUUUUUUGGACUAUUUACCACAGCGGCUUUUCGGUGGUGUGAGUGAACAGUUACAGUGACUAUUCUGUUUGGACACUGGAUUGCGAUUAUUGCUCAGAUGAGUCUGGGCGCUCAGCUGAAUAUAAAUUAGGUGUUCGGCACCACAGUUCGCUGGAAGAGGCAGAGGAAGAGAGACACAGAGCAAAGACAAUCUACAGCGACAAAUGCCAAGGCCUCGCAUGAUGAACAGGACUCUUUAUUUAAUCGCAAAUAAUAGAAAUAUCACAUUUGAGCAGAAUAUCAACAGGUCGAAGAACGUGUAAACGCACCGCAGAUAAUAGCAGAUCUUAAGGAGUGGGGAUGCAUCUUUCUAUUUUCUUUUUCCUCCUGUUAUGGGCUCAAGCCCUGACAUUGAAAAACUUGAACUACUCGGUUCCAGAGGAACAAGGUCCGGGGACAGUGAUCGGGAACAUUGCCAAAGAUGCCAGGCUUGGGCUUGAACAGAGCGGGCAGGGAGGACAGGGCAAGAAAGCCAACUUCAGGGUGCUGGAGAACUCAGCCCCUCACCUCAUCGAUGUGGACCCCCAAAGCGGACUGCUGUACACGAAGCAGCGCAUCGACAGGGAAACGUUGUGCAAGAGAAGCCCCAAGUGCCAGCUUUCCAUGGAGGUGUUCGCUAACGACAAGGAGAUCUGCAUGAUCAAAAUAGAUAUUCAGGACAUUAACGACAACUCCCCGACUUUCCCUUCAGAUCAGAUUGAUAUUGACAUUUCUGAGAACGCGGUGCCAGGGACGCGCUUUCCCCUGACCAGCGCACAUGAUCCAGACGCGGGGGAAAAUGGCCUGAAAACCUAUCAGAUAACACGAGACGACUACAAUCUCUUUUCUUUGGAGGUUAAAUCCCGUGGGGAUGGUACUAAAUUUCCAGAAUUAGUUAUUCAGCGGCCACUGGAUCGAGAAGAACGGAGCCAUCACACCCUUAUAUUGUCAGCCACUGAUGGGGGGGAAUAUCCUAGGUCGGGCACCAUGCAGAUAAACGUCAAAGUCAUUGAUUCUAAUGAUAACAGCCCUGUGUUUGAUCAGUCUUCAUAUGUGGUGGAAAUUCCUGAAAACUCACCUCCUGGUAAAGUCCUGAUAGAUUUAAAUGCCACUGAUCCUGAUGAGGGCAACAACGGACAAGUAGUUUAUUCUUUUAGUGGCUAUGCCCCAGAGAGAAUCAGAGAGCUGUUCUCCAUAGAUUCCAGAACGGGGGUCAUAAAGAUUCAGGGGGAAAUAGACUAUGAAGAGAGCCCAGUCAUUGAGAUAGAUGUCCAGGCGAAGGAUCUGGGUCCUAAUCCAAUCCCCGGCCAUUGUAAAGUCACUGUUAAAGUGCUUGACAGGAAUGAUAACUGGCCGUCCAUAGGCUUUGUGUCGGUGAGACAGGGGGCCAUCAGCGAGGCAGCACCUCCAGGCACCGUUAUUGCUCUAGUCCGUGUCACAGACAAGGACUCGGGCAGAAACGGGCAGCUUCAGUGCAGAGUGUUGGGCAACGUCCCUUUCAAACUUGAGGAGAACUACGAUAACUUCUACACUGUGGUGACAGACAGGCCGCUGGACAGAGAGAUGCAGGACGAGUACAACGUCACCAUCGUGGCCAAGGACAACGGCACCCCUCCUCUGAACUCCACCAAAUCGUUCACCGUCAAGAUUCUGGAUGAAAAUGACAACAUCCCUCGAUUCACCAAGUCAGUUUACCUCCUUCAGAUACCUGAGAACAACAUCCCCGGGGAGUUCCUGGGCUCAGUUCUGGCGCACGACCCAGACCUCGGCCAGAAUGGCACCGUGUACUACAGCAUAAUCAACUCCAACGUCAGUGGUGGUGAUGUCAACACCUACGUGAAUGUAAAUGCGGCCAAUGGAGCCAUCUACGCUGUCAGAUCUUUCAACUAUGAACAAAUCAAGUAUUUUGACUUCAAGAUUCUGGCUAAAGAUGGAGGAUCCCCACACCUGGAGAGCAACGCUACGGUGCGCAUUAGCGUUCUGGAUGUCAACGACAACAUCCCUGUCAUAGUUCUUCCCCUGCUCCUGAACGACACGGCAGAAAUCCACGUCCCGCGGAACGUCGGUGUUGGCUACAUCGUCACCACAGUGAGGGCGGUGGAUAACGACUACGGUGAGAGCGGGAGGCUCACCUACGAGAUCUCAGACGGCAACGAGGAGCACCUCUUUGAGAUUGAUCCAAUAACCGGGGAGGUCAGAACCGCCCACCCCUUCUGGGAUGACGUUAGCCCCAUCGUGGAACUGAUCAUCCGGGUAUCGGACCACGGCAAGCCAACGCUCACUGCUGCCGCCAGGCUCAUCAUCAAGGCCUCCAACGGACGUCCUCCCGAUGGGCUGCCACGCUUGAACGAGAAUCACAACUGGGAUAUGUCCCUGCCUCUUAUUGUAACUCUGAGCAUCAUAUCCAUCAUGCUUCUGGCUGCCAUGGUGACUAUAGCCAUCAAGUGCAAGCGGGAAAACAAGGAGAUCCGUACUUAUAACUGUCGCAUUGCAGAGUACUCGCAUCCGCAGCUGGGAAAGGGAAAGAAGAAGAAGAUUAACAAGAACGACAUCAUGCUGGUGCAGAGCGAGGUGGAGGAGCGGGAUGCCAUGAAUGUGAUGAAUGUGGUAAGCAGCCCUUCCUUGGCCACCUCUCCCAUGUACUUUGACUACCAGACACGCCUGCCACUCAGCUCACCAAGGUCAGAGGUCAUGUACCUCAAGCCCACUGCCAAUAACCUCAGCGUGCCCCAAGGCCACGUGGGAUGCCACACCAGCUUCACAGGCCCAGUCACCAGCACUACAGACACACCUACUAACCGCAUGUCCAUCAUACAGACGGACAAUUUCCCCACUGAGCCUAAUUAUAUGGGAAGCAGACAACAGUUUGUUCAAAGCAGCUCGACAUUUAAGGACCCAGAGCGAGCGAGUCUCAGAGACAGUGGUCACGGCGACAGCGACCAGGCCGACAGCGACCAGGACACCAACAAGGGCUCCUGCUGCGACAUGUCUGCCAAGGAAGCCCUCAAGCUGAAGGCCACGGGCGUGAAGCCGCCGCCGCUGGAGCAAGAUGAGGACUGUGUGAAUUGUACUGAAGAGUGCCGAGUGCUGGGUCACUCCGACCGCUGCUGGAUGCCCCAGUUCCCUGCCGGAGGAAACCAGGCGGAGGGCGUGGACUACCGCAACAAUAUGUUUGUGCCGGCAGGGAUGGAGACUGUGCCCGAGACCGAGACUUACGAGACCGUGAACCCCAACGGCAAAAAGACGUUCUGUACCUUUGGAAAAGAGAGACGUGACCACACCAUUCUAGUCGCCAACGUCAAGCCCUACUUAAAGGCCAAACGCGCCCUCAGCCCACUGCUCCAAGAGGUACCUUCAGCGUCUAACAGUCCAACCAAGGGCUGCUCCACCAUGACUUCCUGCUCCUCUGUCAAAAGCCCCGCCGACGGGGCUGAAGGCAAACCUCCUCCCGCCACCUGCUCCGGCCAUUACGGCCCCCCCGACGGUCAGUACCUGUCACCCACCAAACAAAGCAGAGACCAGGGCAUCUACCCACCGUUGCCUCCCUCAGACCCGGUGGCCAAGGUGCUCGCUGAGGCCCGCUCCAGGAUUAGCCAGGAGUCGGCCAGCGAAAUGGAGCGCGUCCUGGACCACGUGGAGCCCAACUCGAACCGCGACGGAAUGGACACGGACCAGGUGGUGAGGGAUAUCGACAAACUAUUGCAGGACUGCAGAGGAAGUGAGGCCACGGGCACACUCAGGAAGUGACACACAUGACUGCAACCAACAAGUCCGGAUGUAGAGCGAGGUCUAGGAUCCUAUUCCAGAAACUCUCCUGCCUAACUCUUACCAAAACAAACCAUGAAGGUCAAGCGGCUCCUCCGACAGGAGCCCUUUUCACUGUAUUUGUUGUGGAUAAGUACUGACAUUGGACACGCUACGGGAACAUUUAUUGUAUCAGUCAUUUGGCACCAGUUUUGGCGCCAAGAUCCCUACCAACAAAGAGGAACAUCUGAAUUCUGCUGAAUUUAUAAACUCUUUUUUUGUGAUUCUUAAGCAAAUUGCAGAGGUUUAAGUCUUUGGCACCUCGCAAGCUAUUAUCUAAGUGCCCACCAGCUCAUAAGUGUGUUGUUCAUGGUCUCUCGUAAAAUCCUACAUAUCUAAGUGUGUGUAGGCAGUUUUCUGUUAUGUGUGAUGGCCACAGAAACUUGUUGAAAAAGGACUAUUUAUGGUCAGACAUGACAAUCGAUGUGGAACCAGAAACAAAUUCAAUUUGGGACAGUAAAAAGACACAACUUUAUCUUUUCUGACUUUAAUAUAGGUGUUUAAUGUAUAAUGGAUCCUGUGUCUGAACAUGAAGAGAGCGGAUAAUCAGGAGUGCGUUCGCGGGGGGCUGAUCAUGGACCGAGCGGCCGCGGGGCUUAAACGCGCCACCGGAGGAUAAUAAUUAACAGUGUAACCAUGUUCACCUGUCGUUUGUAGCCACAUGUGUAAGCUGUGUCUCUCUCACGCCUCUAUUUAAACAUUCAUGACGUUCGACACACGUGCACCACACUUUGCGCAUACGCGUGCUGACUGACACGUGCACGGAUGCCCUUUCAUGCACGCACACACACACACACACACACACACACACACACACACACACACACACACACACACACACACACACACACACACAUACAAAUGCUUACAGACAACUGGCCAUCUGUGUAAUUGUCUAAUACAUGUACAUCAUCAGCUUUCAGUCCCUUGUGUACAGUGAAUUCUCAUGUGUGUGACCAAGCCUUAAGGCAAUCACAAGUUGUAUAAAAAGGGACAUUUUUCCUCAACUGUGAAAACAUAUCUAUAUGAUAUAUAUAGAUGACUAUAUGUAUGAAUCUAUGUAUAGUGUCCAAAUAUUAGCAAAAUAUUUAUACAUUUUGUAAAAAAAGAAAAAAAAAGGAAUUUCAGCAAAAAGUGUCCUGGAGUCGCGGCCAAGGCAGGAUAUUAACUUAAAGAACUGCAAAGGACACUGCCAUUGUUUCGAAGACAAUAUCCAAAAAUAUAAAUAUCCAAGAAAAUGUCCCUUCACAUUAUCACUAUACAUAAUCUCAUUAUAUGUGUAAAUGUAUCCAAUUUAGAUGUGUUUACAUCAAAAAAUUGACAUAUUUUUAUUGAUUUUAACUGCAAUUUCUGUGCAUUUGAGCCAAAUUGUUAUGUGUACAAAAGCUAUAUUGUGUAUUUUAUUAAAUUAAUAUAUAGUUGUGUUGCAAUAUACAUGGGCUUAUAUUGUAUUUGGCAAAGUUGCCUUAGUAGCUGUCGAACUCUGUGAGUUUGCUUUAGUUUGGGUUUUCGUUGGUGUUUUUUCUUUCCUGCUACUCUGCAUCUUUGCAGGCUGGCUUCAGUGCUUUUAAGAUGUCGCCUCUUUUUACCCUGAGAUCCAGCUGGAUCAAAUACAAUAACUGUUGAAAGCUUAAUGAGCCAGCUGAUCUGGAAUACAACUCAAACCACCAACAAAAAGCAACAACCACAGGAUUCAAGCAGUUUGAAUAUUUUUACUGAGCAGAUUUUUACAGGGCAGCUAUUUUCUUUAACAAUAUCUAGUAUGCGUAUUUUGUGUUCAUUCUGUUUUUACUUUCUUUUCCAAAAAAGAAACCUGCCAUAUGGAAGGUGGAGUGGUUUCCUUGGUGAUCAUAAAACUGCCUUACUGUCUCUGCGGAGAGCUUGUUGUAUAUGUGGAGCUUGUGACUGCAUAUAAAACCCUGGUCCACCAGAAUGUGCAUUUUCUAUUAAGGACCAAAAAAGGUUCUUUUUCAGCAGUCUAUGUUGUUUAUGUAUGUACUCCUUCUCGAUACAUGUUAGAUUCUCAUACUUUGCAGAGAAACUUGACAUCUGAAAUUCUAUCUGAAGUUGCUUUGGAUUUGAUGUCUUACGUUGUUUAGGUAGAUGGUUUAUAUAACCAAGUGUCUUCACAUUCAGGCUUUCUUAAAGAAAAAAAAAAGAUACAGACAUUUAUUUUUGAAAAUUUUGGCACAUUUCGGCCACUCUCUGAAAUAAUAAUGAGAGGUGCUUUUUCUAUUAUUCUCUGACAGUAAUACGCAGAACAGUAGGCUACUAGACUAGAUAUGUUUUGGAAAAUGUGACCACAAUCACCAAAUCUAUGUAAGACGCAGCCAUUAGAGGGAACAGUGACUGUGUUUACUGUGUAAAAUGCAUCUAAGCAGAGUUGGACUCCUGACAGCAGAUAUGACACCUUCUGUCCCUCAGACGUGCCACAGCUGAGUAUUUGUCAUUUCUGUUCCUGCCUCAUUUUCUUAAGCGAGAUGCAUGUUUGGACGUCCUCCUGUCAUCCUGCCAUUCCGCUGUGUCUUUCGCCUCCUUGCCAUGUAUUUUUUUUAAACUUCCCUAUUCACUCGCUUACUUUCCUGCUCUUCAUCUGUUUGCUUUCGCGCCUCGCAGGAGCCAAGCAACUGUUGCCUUUCGUCUGUAAAGUAUUUGGUUUCGCUUUACCCUUGCUCUUUUCCUCGGAGAUGGCAGAGGCUUUUUUUAGAGAAGGGCUUGGAGGACUCGGUGGAGUCGGGAAAUAUUUAUGGUUAUUUUUAAAUUAGAUUUUUCAGUUUUUUGUUAUCGCGCUGAAAUACGAGGAUGAAUCAAGUGAGCCUGACAUUCGCAUCAUGCAAACAGUUAAAAUGUGCGCUGCGACUGUGAUCCCGACACUAGUGCGGAUGCGCGUGCACGUGUGCGCAGGCACCCAGCUACACACUGCCUUUUAUUUAGACGCAUAGCCUCUUAAAGUAAGGAGCGAAGGAGAGGGCAAAAACACAACCCAGGCAAAUGUGACAUUUCCACACUUGUCUUCAUGCUUUAUUUCCUUUUUAUCUCAUUGUGCUCAGUCUCCAUGCUGGAUCAAGCAUUCUCCACACUGUGUGUGUGUGUGUGUGUGUGUGUGUGUGUGUGUGUGUGUGUGUGUGUGUGUGUGUGUGCGCGCGCGCGUGCGUGCGUGCGUGCGUGUGUGUGAUUCACUUUCAUGGCCUCACCAUUGGACCAAACAAAUAUAUUUUCCUCCCUUUUAAUUUCUUGCUACUCGUGUGCUCUAAAUUUAAUCCCAACUCGCAUUAAAACGCUGUUGCUCCGCUCUGGCUUUUAUUUUUUCUUCAAUUAAAACCAAAGCCAGGUCACACCAGGACCUCGUCUCCUUCUCAAAGUCUGGCUUGCCACAGUCACAGUCACUGUUCAGACACAUGUUAAGUUCUGUCCUCUCUAAUGGGUUUCCUCCGACCCGGGCCACUGUCCGUACUCUCACAAACCGGGUCCAGUGGAAGGAAGGUAGUCUUUAAAGCCAUGGCCCCUCUCUCAGGCUAUUUGCUGUCUAAUAGAGCAGAAAGAUGCUGCUGAGGUCAACACAUAGUUGGAGGGUGAGCAUAAUGUAAGGCCUCUCAUUAUUGUCUAAUUACACACUGUUGGCAUCAUACACUGUUGGCAGUGCAUUACUCAAAUCUAGAGUGGGUUAUUUUUACCCACUUGAGACUGUUGGUUGCACCGAGCGAUUAGGACAGGGCCUUAUUGAAUGUGGCUAACGGCCUCUGGUCUGGACUUACACUGAUGCAGGUGCUCACAGACUCAGACCGGCGCUUCUUCUCUCUCUCUCUCUCACACACACACACACACACACACACACACACACACACACACACACACACACACACACACACACACAGCAUUUUGGUUAGUUACAGCAAGCACCCGAUGUUCGUCAGUGUCGUCCCCUCACCCCAAGCCCACACUGAUAACACAGGGCUCCACGCUACAACGGGCAACUGGUGAAAAGACCAGAGACAUUCAUUUGUAUGGAUUAUUUCAACCGCUAUUGUCUAAAGGCUGUGUUCAUUGUGAUCUAUCUGGAAAAAAGAUGAAAAGAUCAAAUAAAAAAGCAAUUACUAAUAA